UGACGUUGACAUUUCAAUAAAUAAUUUUACCAGUGUUUUUAUGUGAGAUUCUGUGACAUUUGUACCAAAAAUGUUUAUGAAAUGUAAAAAUAAAUUAUUUAUCUUAUAAUAAACAAAAAAAAUUCUACAAAUUAAUUGGAAAUAAACAAAAAUUAAGUUUGUUAAUUAAAUCAAAAUACGAACCAACCAUGUCAUUACCUGGGAAUGGAGUGUUCGUAGUGCAAGGCGAAAUGACCAUCUUAAUGACAGCUAUGCGUCGUGGAGCCAGAUGGUCAUCACAUUCCCAUCAAGAUGAAGAUCAUGACAUUCUUUUAAAAGCAUUGCAGGAUUUAAAGGCGUUAUUGAAUAGGGUGGAAGAUUUGAAGUUAAUUAAUCCGAACAUAUUCCUUGAACCUUUUUUGGAAGUGAUUCGUUCUGAGGAAACAACAGGACCUGUAACAAGUUUAGCAUUAUCGUCUGUACAAAAGUUUUUAUCAUAUGGUUUAAUUGAUUUAGAACAUGAAGGGGCAGCUAUGGCUGUUGAAAGUAUUGCCAGUGCAGUGACACGUGCUAGGUUCUUAGGAACUGAUGCAGCAGCUGAUGCUUUAGUGUUGUUGAGAAUUAUUCAUACGUUACGAGCGUUGCUACUUUCGCCAUGUUCUUACAAAUUAUCUGAUAACGCUGUAUGUGAUAUUGCGUUGAGUUGUUUUCGGAUUUGUUUUGAAUCUCGAUUGAAUGAAUUACUUCGAAGAACAGCAGAACUUGUUUUAAAAGAUAUGGUACAAUUGUUAUUCCUAAGAUUGCCCGAAUUAAGUGAAGAUGCCCGCAUUCCAACAAAUUUAAAAAAGAUAAAAAUGUAUACAAAUUCAACGGAUCAAUCUACAAGACUUAAUAAGAAGAAAUCGAAAACAUAUCAUAGAAAAGUUAAGGCUGCAUCAUCCACAGAAAGUGUAACAGAUAAUAGUGGAACAAUACCAGUUAUUCGGGAACCUUCGAAUUUAUCAAAUAGUUCUACAAGCUUAAACGAGGAUGGAACUUUAACAGUUGAUCCAAAAUCCUUACAAGUAUGCCAAGAAAGUCAUUUAACAACAUCACCAGUAACUCCCAAUGAAAAUAUUGUUGAUAUGCAAGGUUCCAUAUCACAAAAUACUCCAACAUCCGCAUUAAGAGACGAUUCGGUUAUAUCUCCACAACAAACUGAUCAACAAUCCGAUCAACAACCCACAGAAAUUGAAAAAUCAGAAACAGAAUCGAUUCAAACGGAGGGUACUUGUGAGCUACGACGUUCGGAUUCAAUGAUCAGUAGUCAAACAUCAUCAACCAUCAGUCAAGAGUAUGUGAAUCCACGAGGCGUACGAUUUACACCACAAUCACAAGAAGGUGUACCGUUAGUACCGUAUGGGAUUGUAUGUGUUCGUGAAUUAUUUCGAUUUUUAAUUACCUUGUGUAAUCCAAACGAUAAACAGAAUAAUGAAGUUAUGAUACAUUUGGGUUUAACAUUGUUAACAGUGGUAUUUGAAGUUGGUGCUGAUAGUAUUGGAAAAUAUAAUUCGUUGUUAUCGUUGUGCAAGGAUGAUUUAUGUCGAAAUUUAUUUUCGUUACUAUCCUCGGAACGAAUUUCAAUAUUUGCUGCUGAUUUACAAGUAUCAUUCCUACUAUUCGAAUCAUUACGAACCCACUUAAAAUUCCAAUUAGAAUAUUAUCUAACAAAAUUAAUCGAAAUUAUCAUCUCCGAUUCCAUUAAAGUAACAUAUGAACAUAAAGAAAUUGCUCUGGAUAACAUUGUACAACUAUGGCGUAUUCCUGGCCUAGUCACCGAAUUAUAUUUAAAUUAUGAUUGUGAUUUUUAUUGUACAAAUUUAUUUGAAGAUUUAACAAAGUUAUUAGCCAAAAAUGCAUUUCCUGUAACGGCUGGUGUGUAUCAUACACAUUUAUUGUCUUUGGAUGCGUUAUUAACGAUUAUUGAAUCGAUACGAGCUAAUUGUAGUGCAAAACUUAAUGAGAAAAAACAAAAUUUUGAUGAUAGCAAUUCAGAGAAUGGAAAAUCACUUGAAAUUGUUGCCAAAGAACCUAAUUUGGCAUUUGUUUCGAUUGCAUCGCAACGGCAGAAGAUUUCAACGAAUGUUCCAUCGUACGAAGAGUUAAAUACUAUCAAAAUGAAGAAAAGGUGGCUACCACAAGGAACAGAGUAUUUUAAUACAAAACCAAAAAAAGGUAUUCAAUUUUUACAAGAACAUGGCAUCCUUAAACCUGAACUCGAUCCAAUUGAAGUUGUGCAUUUUCUACGAGAGAAUCCUAAUUUGGAUAAGAAAAUGAUUGGAGAAUAUAUUAGUAGUCGAAAUAAUAUACACGUCCUAGAAGUUUUCGUAAAUUCUUUUGAUUUCACCGAUAUGCGUGUCGAUGAAGCAUUACGACUCUAUUUAGAAACAUUCCGUUUACCCGGUGAAGCUCCCUUAAUUUCAUUAUUAUUAGAACAUUUUGCUGAUCAUUGGCAUAAAUGUAAUGGAGAACCAUUCGCAAAUGCUGAUGCCGCAUUCACACUAGCAUACGCUGUUAUUAUGUUAAACGUUGACCAACAUAAUCAUAAUGUAAAACGCCAAAAUACACCGAUGACAGCGGAUGAAUUUAAGCGUAAUUUAAAAAAGGUUAAUGGUGGCCAAGAUUUUGAUCAAGAUAUGUUGGAUGAAAUUUACGUUGCAAUUAAAAAAGAUGAAAUCGUGAUGCCAGCGGAGCAAACUGGGAUAGUACGCGAAAAUUAUCUAUGGAAAGUUUUAUUACGACGCGGUAAUUCCAAAGACGGUGUUUACAUUCAUGUCAAAAAUGGUACAUUCGAUGAAGAUCUGUUCAAUUUAAUAUGGGGACCAACAGUUGCAGCACUCAGUUUUGUGUUUGAUAAAAGUGAUGACGCUUUAAUUUAUCAACGAGCUAUUAAAGGCUUUCAAAAGUGUGCAUUUAUAUCAUCCCAAUUUAAUAUUUGUACAAAUUUGGAUACCAUAAUUUUAUCAUUGUGUAAAUUUACCCAAAUGAAUAGCCAACAAAAACAAACAAACACGGCAACAAUACAAUUUGCUAGUAACGAAAAAGCUCAAUUGGCAUUUAAAACCGUUUUAAAUUUAGUUCAUUUACAUGGUGAUAACUUACGUGAAAGUUGGCAUCAUAUUCUAGAUUUAUUCUUAGCUUUAUAUAAUCAUAAUCUUUUACCAAAAAGUUUGUUGGAAGCAGAAGAUUUUACGGAAGCAACAGGGAAAAUUAUGUUGAAAUGUGAGACUACAUCAUCACAAAAAACUGAACCAAGUCUAUUUAGUUCUUUGUACUCGUAUAUAUCUUCAGAGGUUCAAGCUCCUAGAGUACCAUCUGUUGAGGAACAAGAAUUAAUUGAAUAUGCAAAUAAUUUCAUUAAAGAUAGUAAUUUGGAGCAUAUUGUAACAGAAUCGAAAUUUUUACAAAUGGAAUCAUUGCAACAUUUAAUACGAGCGUUAGUAGAAUUUUCCAAAGGCCCUGAUGGACAUAAAUCUGCUGGGACUGGGUAUAAUGAACAUAUCACUGUAUUCUUUUUUGAACUGUUGUUGAAAGUUGUUAUACAAAAUCGGGACCGUGUUCUAACAUUUUGGCAAAGUGUACAAGAUCAUAUCUACAGUUUAAUAAUGGGGGCAGCUACAUGUGAUUAUCAAUAUUUAUUGGAACGAUCCAUUAUUGGUUUAUUACGUUUAGCAAUACGUUUAAUGCGUAAUGAAGAAAUGAGUCCAAUUAUUUUACAAUCGUUGCGAAUGCUCUUAUUGUUAAAACCAAUAACUCUAUAUAAAGUAUCACGGCAUAUUUCAUUUGGAUUAUUUGAAUUGUUAAAAACAUCCGCACAAAAUAUCCAUACGGAUUCAGAUUGGAAAAUUGUAUUUACAUUGUUAGAAUGUAUUGGGGCGGGAGCUCAUGCUCCGAAAUUAUUGACUACAACACAAAGUGGGGAUGCCGUGCAAACUCCAAAUGAUCAAGGUACUAAGUCAGAUGGUGAAGCUGCUGUGAGCAGUGAAGAAGAAUCUGUACUAAUUGAACGUGGUUAUACAUCCGAUUCAGAACUGACAAAGAAUUCUGUAUCGAAAAUAGAUAAAACUCCUCCUGUUCCACUAACACGAGCUGUUAGUCAACAAGUCAAUGGUUGGAUUUUAGUCGGAAAUGAACCUGGGGUUGUUGUGGAUCCAAAUUUAAUAAAACCAACAACAAUACCGCCAUUAAAUCAGGCAUCGAGUAGUAUAAUAUUGGAACGACGGCUAGGACCACAUAAUCCUGCCGCGCUGUUAAAAUGUUGUGAAAGUCUUGCAUUUUUGGUACGAGAUAUAACGCAUAUAACGCCAUAUAAUUUUGAAGAUUGUGUACAUUGCAUUAGGACAUUUGUGGAAGCUAGCAUGAAUGAAAAUCGAUCGAAUCGUAAGUCUACUAAAGACAAACUAUCGCGCAAUUCCAACAGUAAAUCAUGGCGGCAUCAAACAGAUGAACAUCGUAAUAAUCAAACAGGAGCCUCUUCACCAGCUCAUCAAAGUGCAAGCGGUGAAGAUGACAGCGAUGAUGAAGAUUUACCAAGUGGCUAUCAUCAAGUAUCCAUCCAAUUACUAGAUUUAAUGCAUACAUUACAUACACGGACUGCACAAAUAUUUAAAUGGUGGGCAGAAGAGCAUGGAGAUGAUACGACAGUGUAUUCAUUAUGGCCAAAAGGAUGGUGUCCAUUAUUACAAGGCAUUGCACGAUUAUGUUGUGAUUCGAGGAAACAGAUUCGUAUGAGUGCGAUAACAUAUUUACAAAGGGCGUUAUUGAUGCCCGAUUUACAGAAUUUGAGUGGUCCUGAAUGGGAAGCUUGUUUCCAUAAUGUACUAUUCCCACUAUUAAAUCAAUUACUAGAAACACCAACGCAUGGUGCGAUAGAUGGUUUAGAAGAGGCACGAAUGCGGGCUGCUACUGUAUUAUCUAAGGUAUUCUUGCAUCAUCUCACACCCUUACUUACGCUAUCAACAUUUACAACACUCUGGCUAAAUAUUUUGGAUUUCAUGGAUAAAUAUAUGCAUGCUGGAAAUAGUGAUUUAUUAUAUGAAGCCAUUCCAGAAUCCCUGAAAAAUAUGUUGCUUGUAAUGGAUUCAGCGAAAGUAUUCCAUGAUGGAACUGGGGAGCAGUAUUCUCCAUUAUGGAUGAAUACAUGGAAUCGUAUUCAUACAUUCUUACCAAAUUUAAAAGAUGAGCUAUUUAAAUUACCCGAAGAAAAUAAUUUAGAAAGUGGAGAUAAUACGAUACCUAACACAUUAGAAAAUACUAGUUCAAUACCAGCAGAGCAACAAUAUCAACAAACAUCGAAUUUAUCUGAUAAUCCGGGUCCACAAUUAUCAUCACCUUUACCAUGUCCACAAUUAACUUCACCGUUGCCAAAUGUGAUAAAUGAAGUUAACAGUACAAGAAGUAGUAUAAUCUUACAACCACCUGCCAUGGAAAAUAUAGCAUCUCCAUUAUUUUCACACCUUGGGCAGAUGGUAUCAACCCCAAUUGGAGUGCCAAGUAACGUCUCACAAAUAGUUCCACCUUAUAGUACAUCAAGCUACGAGACAUCCAAAUCUGAUUUAACACGUUCUACAACGACCAAUUUAUAUCCCCAACAAAAUUACUACUACAGUACGUCUCAUACAGGUCUUCCAGAACCAGUAUCAACGCAACAACAACCUCAAUUAUACGACAACGUCCCUCAACAAUCCUCUUUAUACAAUGAAUACCUUAAAAACCCUUAUAAUUUAACCUUAAAUACAGCUCCUGUUGAUUCAAAUCGUAACCCAGAAAACAUUAACGAUUAUGUACCAAGUAGCGAUAGUGUUGAAACAAGUAAUGAACAAAAUGGUAGAAAUUUUUAUAAUCCAGUAAUGCCAUUACCACAAAAUAUUUUCCAAUCUGCAAAUUAUUUUUAUACAGAUAGUAAAAACUUACCAAAUAUACCCCCUGGUUCUGAGAUCUUAUUUGGUACAGCUACAAAUGCGUCCCCUUCACAAGGAGAACCUUAAAUUUAUUUAGAAAAUGUUAUAUUUUAAUUGUUUAUUUUUUGUUUAUUUGUAAGUACACCCUGUAUUUGUAAUUAUGAUUUUUAUUUUUUUAAAUAUACGGUCUAAGUAUGGUGUAAGUACUAUAGGUAUGGCACUGCGCAGACUAAUUUAUUUCAUGAAUUCAUGAAUUAAAUUUAAUAUGACUGGCAUACCUAUAGUACUUACAUCAUGGGUCUAAGUAUGUUGUUGAUAAUGGGGCGUAGGUGGGUGUCCGCAAAGAAGAUUGUUUGCGAGUUUUUUUUUUAAACAAAAUUGGAUAGCCAUUGCCGAAGGACAAUAAAAUUCCUGUGAAUAUAAAGGUUGGUAACUUUUAUCUUCAGUUUAAUCUAUAUUCCCUUCACUAAAAGAAUAUGAGGUUGAAACUAUCACUCCGUGGAAGGGAUAAGUUUAAAAUGAUUUCUAUUAUAAUAAUGCAUCGCAUUUCAAAAAUAUUUUUCGUUGGCAAUUUUUUCCCCUUCACAAUUAAUUUUAGCCUACAACCCUGGGUUCCUUUUCACAAGUAAUAACUAACGAGGAUACUUCGUAUGUGGCUUCGUUAUGGCGAACUUAAAAGAUUUCUUUCGUGAGACUGAAAAUUUUAAUUGUUGGCUCAAGGCUCAAUUUUUGGAGCCUCGUGAAAGAAAACUCUCAGAAUUUUCCCAAAUAUAAAAUGUUUUGCGUUUACCAUAACGAAACCAAGUAUGAAAUAUCCCUCUUUUAGUAAUUUUUUGUGUUAAAAAGUCUGGUGUAGACUAUUUAAAUUAAGGACUCAAAUAAAUAUAACCAAAAAUAGAUCUCAUUUUCACGUACGAGCUCCUUCCGUAAACCGAUGUGUUUUGAUACGAUUGAGUACUAUUUUUUUCUAAUUUUAAAAAUUAUAUCUAAACGCAUAAAAAUUAC